UGUAGAGAUAAAGAUCCAACUCGCAACCCAGCUUUAUACAGCUUUCCUAACCUCUGAGAUUGCGCCUACUUGUGCGUAAUCUCAGAUUUGUGAUGUUAAACUAUUUUCACUAAUCAAAUUGUUUCAAUAGUAUCCAACGUGCAUUGAAUUGUUUGAAUUAUCGUGUAUUCGUUAAAUAUAAUAAUAUUAGCAUUCAUCUGUGAUUAACCAAGUUACAAAAUGUUGAAAGCAGUAAGAGUUGUAUACACUCAAGUGCGAUAUUACAAGCAUAAUAGUAUCCCCAAGCAAUGGGCAAAAGAUGGAAAGAAGUACGGCCUUAUCACCUAUUAUCCCAGGUACCCUGAUCAUGAAGAUCCACCGAUAAAACCCACCAAACUUUUCUUGAUUGAACGAGUCAAACCAUUAAAAGGCAAUCCACACUGGGAUAAGAACACAUUGAAAAGUUUAGGUCUUGAUUCAGAGAAAAAAUGCAAGCAUACAACUAUUGUAAAGAACACCCCAGAAAUAUGCGCUUUAUUGUGGAGCAUAAAGCAUCUGAUCAAAGUAACUCCCAUAGAAAUGCCAGACAAUUUACCAGAUACAGAUUCCGUGAGUACUUACCUUCACGAAAAUGGAAAGCUGAUGAUUUUUCCACCUGUUGAUGAAAAACGGUAUAAAGCAACAGAAGAGUUUAGAAAUAAUCCAAGGAGAUUAGACGGGGAUACUCUGCAGGAAAAACUGAGGCUCAAGUGGCUUCUAGGAUUUGAUAACACACCAUAAUUGUUACUUAAUUUAUAAACAUAAGCUUAUUUUAAAAAUUUUGUAAGGAAAAGUCGGCACAACAUUUUUAAAGUAAAUUUAUGAAAAUGAAUUGUUAAAAAACAAAGAUUAUAGAUGAAUCUUUGAAAAAAUUGACCUUUCUAUUUAUUUAGAUUUAUUUGUCGCAGUGUGAAAUACAAAAAACAGAUUGAACAAACAAUAUAAUUUAUUCGUACUUUCA